AUUCAGGCGCGACAGAAAGAGAGAAAGACGAAUUAGGCGAUUUUUCAUUGGCAAUUCCGGCGAAUCCGACGAUUUCCCCUCGUAUUUCGAUGGAGACUUCAAGUUCUAGCGCACAAUUAUUAUAUGGACCCGAAGACCCGUCCGUGCUAAAUAUGCAGAAACAUCAUAUUUCAAAUAAACUCAUGAAAGAGGGCACAACACAAGUAUUUAAAGUUCGAAGGAUAGAAAGUAAGACUUGGGACAUCGAAAUUCAUGAGAAUGUUAGAUAUUGGCUUGACGCCUUUGGUUUCAAAGGCGUGAUGGAUUGUGGGAUGCCCAUGAAGGUCGACAAUGAGCUGAUCACGACUUUCAUUGAGCGUUGGAGGCCGGAGAUGCACACUUUCCAUCUACCGAUCGGUGAGGUGACGAUCACCUUGGAAGAUGUGCAAGCCAUUUGGGGCUUGAGGGCGGAGGGUCGCGUUUUCACAGGGCGUGACUAUCAUGUCAACUUUCCAGAUUGGACCAGCAAGUGCCGCGAUCUGUUGGGAUGGAUACCAGAUACUUCCACAGAGAUAAAGCAAGGCGGUUUGCUGAUGACCACGCUGAUCAACCAGACAAGGAUGCCUCUGGGUGAUGACCUACCUACGUACGUAUACAUCCAAAGGGCACGUAUCCAUGCCCUAAUUUUAUUAGGAGGUCUCAUUCUACCAGACACGGGGUGUAAGGUUCCAUUUAUGUGGUUGAAUGCGCUUGGGGAUCGGGAAGAGGUGAAGACUAUUAGUUGGGGAAGUGCGGCAUUGGCCUACCUUUAUCAUUAUCUGUGCGAGGCUUCCAUGGAUAAGAGGAAAGAGUUGGGCGGGCCUAUGAUCCUUCUGCAGCUAUGGGCAUGAGAAAGAAUGCCCACAUUGAGGCCUUCGUUCAUAGGAUCAGUUGUGCACGAGCCAUAUACACCAUGUGGCGCCAGGUGGAAGGGAACAACGCAGAUAGGAAAUGCUCCUAGAGACUCGGUUGAGCAUUACCGUGACCAAAUAUCUCUGAUUAGACCUGGCCAGAUGAAUAUUAUUUUGGUUUAGACUUCAUUUAUGAACUUAUUAUGGAAUUAAUUUGGCAUUUGCAUUGCUGUUUUGUAGUUUAUCUGGACGCCAUACGCACAUUGCAUACUGCCUGACUACUGCAAUGAUGUGAAUGGAUGCUCUUUGUGCGAAACCUACUUGGUAUGUUGGGCCUAUGUCGAGGCACAUGAGCCUGGAUGAGUGCGGCGACAGUUCAAUCGGUAUCAGGAUAUACCUCAGUAUGUAGACAGGAUGCCAAGGAGCGCCGAUCAUUUGGGCAAAAAUGAUCGGCGUGGUAAGAAGGGCAACAACUGGGCAAACACGAAUUAGUUCUACAUUGGGGAGUGGGACCUGAGGUACGAAAGGUUCCAGGCUGCCGAAGACGCCGCACCGAUGUCCAUGAAUAUUCCUAUGUGCCCGGGGUAUAUGGCGUGGUAUAACAGGAUUACCGUGACGUACCUGACCCAGCCUGGGGCACGGUCCACUGCUGGGAUGAACGAGUCGGCUGCUUCGAUGAGACUAUUUGUAAGUUUGUUAUAUUAAACUAUAUGCUUUCAUGUGAUAUAGAUUGUUUCGCGUGGGUACCUCACACGCCCUAAUCGGAGUUCGGAUGAGAGGGAUAUGAGCGAUCUACGAACACCGCGCGCGACUACCGGUAGAUUCACCCGGCCGGGUGGAAUUAUUACAUAGGAAAUUCCACCCGACCGGGUGACUCAUUUAUACCGUGGGGAGUCCAGCGGAUUCAACCUGAUCGGUGAAUUUCCUUUGUAAUAAUUCCACCCGGCCGGGUGGCUAAUUUAUACUGUAAGGAGUCCAGCGGCUUCUACCCGGCCGGGUGAAUUUCCUAUGCAAUAAUUCCACCCGGCCGGGUGGGUCAUUUAUACCUUGGGGAGUCCAACGGAUUCUACCCGGCCGGGU